CCACAGUUCAUGUCUGCGACGCGGCCAGCCCAAGCAGACACGGUAUUAGGUUGGCAACGUUUUCCAAGCAUGGCGGACCCUUUGAGCAUCACCACGUCUGUGCUUGCGCUACUGACGACAGCCGCUCAGUCUGUAAAGUUGCUUGUCGAAACUGUCAGUCGCUACAAAGGUCGGGAUAGGACCCUGUCCCGACUACAAGCCGAGCUCGAGGACUUCUUACGGAUCCUUGACGCGCUACACAAGGUCGUCGAAACGGAAUCCGCCAUGAUGGUCCUUCUCAAAGACCCCAUUCGUCGAUGCAGCCAAUUAUGUAACGACUUCGAGAAAGCCUUGAGAGUGUUCAGCGGGAAGUCUAAAGUGGGCUUCCGAGAUUGGGCAAAGAUGGAGUUCAUGCGGGGCGACAUCAACGAUUUCUUGGACGCUUUGUCGGGUUACAAAGAAACAAUCUCGAUAGGCCUCGGUACAAUCACCAUGCAAACAUCUCAAGCUUCUCAGGAAGUCCUCGAGGAAUACAAUGAGAUGAUCAUGGAUACCAUGUACCGCCUUAAUGUUCGACUACAGCGCAUUGACGAAAAGAUGGAUGGGUUGACUAGGGGAAUUGCAGGUAACAUGGAUGCCUCUGGCACCACCACAGACCUUGAGGAUGAGCGGGUUGUGACAGAGCGAUGCCUGCGGAUCUGUGAGGAUGCGCAGCAUUAUCUUGAAACCUUGGCGAGCGAUGGGGACCUUCUAAAGCAACAACUGCCCCGGACCAACGGUGGAAGCGACCAGAUGCGUUUCGAAGCACAGCUGAUGAUACGCCGAACACUCGACGAAAAUCGGGACAACUUUUCCGAGACCAUCGGCAGGUUGCAAGAGCGCUUAGCGUCCUUACCCCAGAAUGGGACAAGUCAAGAUGAAAGCGAGAAAUCACGGUUAGAGGAGGACCUCAAGGCUUCGAAGAAGUGUCUAGAGGUCUGUAAAGCGGCCUCUGAGACGGUUGCCCAGCAGAGAAUUUAUCGCGUUGGUGAGUUGAUUGCAGACGUCGAAAGCGACCAAGUAGUUAUCACUACCUUGGCAGACCUCUUUGACGUCAAGAAGGCUACAUCUACGAACGGCUCAGCGCAGUGGAUCGGCUCGUUCACGGACGAAACUGCUCGACAGAUAUCCACAGAUCGUUAUCGCAGUCGUUUUGGGGCAUUGUCAAGUACUGAGAUGGGCACCACCACUCAGGGUCCGCGGGAUUCAUGGACGGCCAAAGAUCACACUGCACGUCGAGCCAAUACUGAAAGACAAUCAUCUGCGCGGGAGGCGACGGGGAGGAGGCCGACCCCGAACGAGGUUAGGAGGCGUGCUUCUGGCGUAGAUGGGAAACUGCCAGCCAACGACGAGGUGUGAAUAAACGCAAGGCGC